UAGUUUCAGUUUGAGAGUGAAGGGUGUGUGCGUGUGUGUGUGUGUGUGUGUGUGUACGUGCCAAUAAAUGCGUCACCAUUGCGUUAUAAGAGAAAGCCAGUCAGAAUGAUUCUGCAUCUACAGCACACCUUCAUCAGUUUGUUUAGGAAGCCUCAGUGUCGCAGGUGAAGAUGCAUGGAGGAUUUCUACAGCUGCUCAAGAAGAGGAAGGAGUUGAUUCCUCUGAUUGGGUUUGUGGGAUGUGCUGCAGUUGGAGCAGCAACUGCUUCGAUUUACUUCUUACUGACCAAACCGGACGUCAUUUUAAACAAGACUAGGAAUCCAGAGCCGUGGGAGACAUUAGAUCCAUCGACCCCACAGAAGGUGAGGAACACUUCCUCCAGCGAGUCGGGAUCAGGACUGACUGGUUAUGCUCAUUACCAUCAAGCAGCAGUGGAAACCAGUGGAGGAGCUGGAGCUGGUGAAGAAACUGACCAAAUGAUGUCCUCUCCUCUGAAGGUUCAUGCUAAUCUAAUCAGGAUUCGGUUGUUAUCUGAACAGCGUUUGCAUGCACUGGAAACGAGCUUCGCACAAUGGGCUUUUAACUGUGAAUGUCACCUGUGUAUUGGACUCAAAACAUGAAUAAAUUAAUAAUGUGAACUAAAAA